UCUUUGUAAUGAUCUGAUCAUAACUAAAUAAUUGAAAUAACAUACUGUAAAGGAUUUAGUUAUCAGCAAUUAUAUUCUGUUACAAAUUCUGUUUGUUAACACAUAUCUUGUACUUGUACAUAAGUAACUCCCAUCAGAGAAUCUGUUGAUACAAAUUCUCUUUACUAUCUUCUUCUGUUCUUGAAUUCUCUCUAACACCUUUUUCUUCUCCUCAAUCUUCUGCAAUGAAUCCAGUCUCGAUGACACUGGAUGAUGCCAAUUUCUCAACUUGGAAGAAGGAAGCCUUAGAAGCAAUCAAGGCAAACAAACUUGACAAGAUCAUCAUCACAGAAGUGACUGAUGGAGGAAGGCCACGCAAGUUUAAAACACCUGAAGAUGAAGUUCUUGGAAAGAUCAGUGAAGAAUAUGAAAAUUGGGAGCGGCAGGAUCAGGUUGUUUAUAAGUGGCUUCUUGCAUCCAUCUCUACUAAACUUCGUGUCCGAAUGGUAGGAUGCGACCAUGCUUUCCAAAUUUGGAAGAAAAUAGAGGCUUUUAUCGAAAAAAAAGAAUGUCAAGAGAUUUGUAAAACCAUAUUAACUCUAAAGAGUAAAUCCAUGUUUACACAGAAGCUCAAGAAACUUGCUGAGGAGUUUCUGGAGCUUAGCAAUGAAAUGCUGCCAUAGAGGUCCGUCAUUUAAACUAUAUCUCCUGUUUAUUCAAUUAUUUAUCGUUCAUUCCAUUGAAUUAAUUACAUAGGAUUUUACUAAAAGAU